AUGGCCGGGGCCGAGGCCGGGCUGAGCGCAGGCGGGCUCCGGGAGCAGCCGCCGGGGGACCCCGGGGGCGCCUUCCUGGCUCCCGCCACCCCCGCCGAAGAGUCGUCGGACAGCGAAGGCGAGCCCGAGGGACCGCAGAAACUCAUCCGCAAAGUCUCCACCUCGGGCCAGAUCCGGAGCAAGACCAGUAUAAGAGAAGGUCUGCUGUUGAAACAAACCAGCUCUUUUCAGAGAUGGAAAAGACGCUACUUCAAACUCCGGGGCCGAACCCUUUAUUAUGCCAAGAAUUCCAAGGCCAGGGCAAUUUGCAAUCCUAACCUAAGCGAUCCUUUUCAGAUAAUCACCCCAUUCAGGAGACUGAUAUUGUGUGCAGAGAACAGAAAAGAGAUGGAAGACUGGAUUACUUCGCUGAAGUCGGUCCAGUCCCGGGAACAUUACGAGGCGGCCCAGUUUAACGUGGAACACUUUUCAGGGAUGCACAACUGGUAUGCCUGUUCCCACGCGAGGCCCACGUUUUGCAACGUCUGCCGCGAAAGCCUCUCCGGAGUAACUUCCCACGGUUUGUCUUGCGAAGUAUGCAAGUUCAAGGCUCACAAAAGGUGUGCCGUUCGGGCCAUAAAUAAUUGCAAAUGGACAACGUUGACUUCAAUUGGAAGAGAUAUCAUUGAGGAUGAAGAUGGUGUAGCCAUGCCUCAUCAGUGGCUAGAAGGCAACCUUCCGGUCAGCGCCAGAUGUGCUGUGUGUGACAAAACCUGCGGCAGUGUUCUCCGCCUGCAAGAUUGGAAGUGCCUUUGGUGCAAGACAAUGGUGCAUACAGCUUGCAGAGACUCGUAUCCGCGCAAGUGUCCGCUGGGCCAGUGCAAAGUCUCAAUUAUUCCACCCACGGCACUGAACAGCAUAGAUUCGGACGGUUUCUGGAAAGCUACCUGUCCACCCACGUGCGCCAGUCCUCUGUUGGUUUUUGUGAAUUCGAAGAGCGGAGACAAUCAGGGCGUGAAAUUCCUUCGGCGCUUCAAGCAGUCGCUAAACCCAGCUCAGGUCUUCGAUUUAAUGAACGGGGGGCCUCAUUUAGGUUUGCGGUUAUUUCAGAAGUUUGACAAUUUUCGAAUCCUGGUGUGUGGAGGAGAUGGCAGCGUUGGCUGGGUGUUGUCUGAAAUUGAUAAGCUUAACCUACACAAACAGUGUCAUUUGGGAGUGUUGCCACUUGGGACGGGAAAUGACCUUGCCCGGGUCCUCGGCUGGGGGGGUUCCUGCGACGAUGACACACAACUGCCUCAAAUCUUAGAAAAGUUGGAACGAGCCAGCACCAAAAUGUUAGACAGGUGGAGCAUCAUGUCGUACGAACUGAGGUUGCCCCCCAAGCGAUGCAUCCUUCCAAGUACUCCUGAAGAAGACUCUGAAGAUUGCCAGAUGUCCAUGUACGAGGAUUCAGUUGCAACACAUCUGACAAAGAUCCUUGAUUCGGAUCAGCACUCCGUUGUUAUAUCGUCUGCCAAGAUCUUGUGUGAAACCGUCAAAGGAUUUGUGGCCAAAAUAGGAAAGACUUCUGAGAGACCAGUGGGAAACGCAGAAACGGACGCCAUGGCUCUUAAAUGCUCAGAGCUGAACGAGAAGUUGAGUCUACUGCUCCAGGCUCUCCAGGCUGAAACCCAGGUUAGUCCGAGCUUUUCCCACAUGGCUACCACCCCCAUCACAGAGGAAGAACCGGACGAGUCAUCGAGCGAGGAAUCUUUGUCGGACGCCAAAGAGCCGUUGACCGAGAACAACGUGGCUUCUCCGACGCAACAGAUGUUCAAGUCCCGAGAACAGCUGAUGCUAAGGGCCAACAGUUUAAAGAAAGCUCUGAGACAGAUCAUUGAGCGAGCAGAAAAAGUUGUGGAUGAACAGAACGCACACAGUGAAGAUCAAAUAAACCAGGCCACCAUGGAGUAUAAUAAGGAAUUAGACGAGACGAAGGAAGAAAAAGACGAAGACACAAAAGAAUAUGAACCCCACUCGAAAGGAGAGAGAAAUUGCCUCAAAUCCUUCACACGCUGAUUCUUUUUUUCAGUCCCGGUCGGUGUUGCCAGCAAGGAAAAUCUUCCAGUCCUGAACACCAGAAUAAUUUGCCCAGGUCUAAGAGCUGGCCUGGCUGCCUCUAUCGCAGGAAGUUCCAUUAUCAGCAAAAUGUUUCUAGCCAAUAUCGAUCCAUACGGCGCUACCCCUUUUAUCGAUCCUGACCCAGAAUCACUGGAAGGCUAUUCAGAGAAGUGCGUCAUGAACAAUUAUUUUGGCAUCGGAUUAGAUGCGAAGAUUUCAUUAGAGUUUAACAAUAAACGGGAAGUGCAUCCUGAGAAAUGCAGAAGUAGGACGAAGAACAUGAUGUGGUACGGAGUGCUCGGUACUAAAGAAUUGUUACAACGGACUUACAAAAACCUGGAGCAGAAAGUUCAACUCGAGUGCGAUGGACAAUAUAUCCCUCUUCCAAGCCUUCAAGGCAUAGCUGUUUUGAACAUCCCAAGCUAUGCUGGUGGAACAAAUUUCUGGGGUGGAACGAAAGAAGAUGACAUCUUCGGGGCGCCAUCGUUCGAUGACAAAAUCUUGGAGGUGGUGGCCGUCUUCGGCAGCAUGCAGAUGGCCGUCUCCCGGGUGAUCAAGCUCCAACAUCAUAGAAUAGCCCAGUGCCGGGCGGUGAAGAUCACCAUACUUGGGGAUGAAGGAGUGCCCGUGCAAGUGGAUGGCGAAGCUUGGAUUCAGCCCCCGGGCAUCAUUAAAAUCGUGCACAAAAAUCGAGCACAGAUGCUAACGCGCGACCGAGCCUUCGAAAGCACGUUAAAAUCCUGGGAAGACAAACAGAAGUGCGAUUCUUGCAAACCCGGGUUACGGUCCCCGUUGUACCCGCACCAGGCGGUGGAACUGGCUUCGGAAGAAGAGACGGUGCAGAUCCAGGCUUGUUCUCAGGCGGCGGAAGAGCUGAUUGCCAGGAUCUGUGAAGCUGCCAAAGCUCAUAGUCUCUUGGAACAAGAGCUAGCUCACGCUGUGAACGCCUGCUCUCAUGCUUUAGCCAAAGCCGGUCCGAAAUUCCCUGAGAGCCUUACUAGAAACACCGCCUUGGAAAUCGCUGCCACCGUGAAGGCGUUACAUGACGAAACAGAAUCCUUGCUGGUUGGAAAAGUCUCGUUGCAAUUGGAAUCUCCUUGUGAGGAGUUGCUGAUCUCAGCGGUGCACAAUUUGGAGACUGAACUGAGAAAGUUGGCUGAAAUUCCCUGGCUCUGCUAUAUUCUACAGAUGAACGAUGACGAGGAUCCUCCUUUGGAGUACUGUAAAAGAAACAGCCGCAGUACCGUCUUUCGUAUAGUGCCAAAGUUUAAAAAGGAAAAGGUUCAAAAACAGAAGACCAACACCCAGCCCGUUCAGAAAUGGGGCACGGAGGAAGUAGCGGCUUGGCUGGACCUGCUGAGUUUGGGAGAGUACAAAGACACCUUCGUCAGCCACGACAUCCGAGGCGCUGAGCUUUUGCACCUGGAGAGGCGAGACCUGAAGGACCUGGGGAUAACGAAAGUGGGUCAUAUGAAGCGAAUUCUUCAGGGAAUUAAAGAAUUCAGCCGGAGUCCACCGUUAGCGGAACUGUAACCGUGCCAGCU